AUGAGUUUUCGGCAGCUGUGUCCCACCCCCCGGCCGGGCCUGGGCCCGGGACCGGGCCGGGGCCGGGGCCAGUCACCGGUCCACCAGAAACUGUCCUUCACGGGCAGCGACGAGGAGGACGGCGACAGCACGGAGGAGGACUCGGCCUUUCAGGAGUCGCCGGACGCCGAGCGCAAGUACGGCGACCCCCCGGAGCUCGGUGGGCUGGUGGUGGUGGAGGAGGGCGAAGAGGAGUUGAUGGGUAACCUCAGUUGGGAGGAAGGCUUCGGGGGCAGCCCGUCUCCCGUGAAGCCCCGUCGGGACUAUCGUGACCGCCGCGACCUGGACGAGUCCAGCUCCCCGAUGCGGGGGAGUGGGGAGCGCGAGGAAUCCAGUUCCCCGACUCGGGAGAGCGGGGACCGCGAGGAGUUGAGUUCCCCGAUGCGGGAUCGGUACAAGGGAAACGGCAUCGGGGAAGGUUCCAGCUCCCCGAUCCCCGACCGUCCGGAUACACCACCGCACAAAACCCUGAGGAAACUGCGGCUCUUCGAUACCCCGCACACUCCCAAGAGUUUGUUGUCGAAGGCAAGGGUCCCCAGUUGCUUGAGCUCCAGCUCAGUAAGACGUCGAGGAGGGGCUCUCUUCAGGAAUGGUGAACAGACAGAGAGAUUACCAUGUGAUUAUAGCCGGAAUAGGACUCCACAUGUCAAUGUUAAUCCCUUUACCCCAGACUCUAUCUACAUCCAUUCAUCAUCUGUACAGUGUCGGAGGAGGAAAAGGACACAUCGAGAUGGGUUUCCAUGCAGAGAAAUGAUGGACGGAAGUGAUGGAGAGCUGGAUGAUGAAAGUAUUCGACCAGCAAAGAGAAUCCCAAUUACUGAAAGUAAUAUGAAGUCCCGGUACACAACAGAAUUCCAUGAAUUGGAGAAGAUUGGUUCUGGAGAGUUUGGUUCUGUUUUUAAGUGUGUGAAAAGAUUGGACGGCUGCAUUUAUGCGAUAAAGCGCUCAAAGAAACCGUUAGCAGGUUCAGUUGAUGAACAGAAUGCUCUAAGGGAAGUGUAUGCACACGCAGUACUAGGGCAGCAUACGCACGUGGUUCGGUAUUAUUCAGCCUGGGCAGAAGACGACCAUAUGCUCAUCCAAAACGAAUAUUGUAAUGGUGGAAGCUUAUCUGAUGCAGUUUCAGACAACUACAGGAAUAGGCACUAUUUAAAUGAGCCAGAGCUAAAGGAUUUACUAUUACAGGUUGCCCGUGGUCUAAAAUAUAUACACUCUAUGUCACUUGUACACAUGGAUAUAAAGCCUAGUAACAUAUUUAUAUCCAAAAAGUUAGUCACUAAUUCAACAGCAGAUGAGGGAGAUGAUGAUGACUGUAUAUUGUCAACAAAUAUCAUAUAUAAAAUAGGUGACCUUGGACAUGUUACUCGUGUAUCGAAUCCUCAUGUAGAGGAAGGAGAUAGUCGUUUCUUAGCCAACGAAGUAUUACAAGAGGAUUACAGAUACUUGCAAAAAGCAGACAUUUUUGCUCUUGCACUAACUAUUAUAUCUGCCAGUGGUGCUGAGCCAUUGCCAACGAACGGUGAUAAAUGGCACGAGAUUCGACGAGGAAAACUUCCCACAAUUCCACAAACACUGUCGCAGGAAUUUUUGGAUUUAUUGAAAUUAAUGCUGCAUCCAGAUUCAGAGAAGCGUCCCACUGCAGGUGCCCUAAUCAGACAUUCAGUGCUACUUCCAACUGCAAGAAAGAAUGCAGAGCAACUUCGGUUGGAGUUGAAUGCUGAGAAAUUCAAAAAUGCACUUUUGCAAAAAGAGCUAAAGAAGGCACAAAUGGCAAAAGCAGCUGCAGAAGAGAGAGUAUUGUUCACAGCCCGAAUGGCAACCAGGUCUACAACACAAAGCAACCGAAGUACACGGAUCAUUGGAAAGAAAAUCAACCGAUCAGUCAGCCUUACGAUAUAUUGAAAUUCUAGAAUUAACUCAUCCUCUUUAAGUGCAAGAUGUCCUCUGUUAAAUUGAACACCCAACCAUAGAAUCUACUGAAUGUUUUGUGAAAUAUUGGGUUAGACUGAAGCACGACUAUUGCUUCUCUGGUCUCAUUUUACUUUUGACUUUAGAGUGCCUUAUAAAUAAAGACAGAUUAACAUUGGGAGCAUUUUUAUUGAGCGGCAGUUGUGCACCAUAAAUUGUAAAGUACCUGAUUAUAGGUUUACACUUGUAUUUUGUACAUCUCGAGGAUGUACUUGAACUAUGUUGAUGUACAUUAUACUGGGAGCACUUUGUAGGCAUUGGAGAAACCAUAGCAAUGUGCUAUGGAUAUAAUUGCUGCUAUUUUAGACCAUGUUGUACACUUGCUGUAAAUUUCAGUUAGCAUUAUAAACAAUCAUUGCUUUAUUAGGAAAGGCAUUUUUGAGUACUUUUAAUUGUGAUUAAAAGAAAAUAACAGUCGUUCACUGUUUACUGCUUAUGGUUGAAGCAGUUAUUUUGCAUUAAGCUAGUGCAUUGUCGGAAAGCAUUGCACCUUUUUGUGUUCAUGAAGCGUUACCAUAUUCUGUACUUUUUUUAAAUGUCUGAAUCGUGGUGGUCUGUCACUCGUGAUUGUUGUCCAAUAAAUUGGGGUAUGUUUGUAAACA